AUGAGUAUCAGACGCCACCUUAAAUUUAUGUAUAGGAAGUUGAUGAAGCUGCGCCGUACAGCAUCGAUCAUCUCCCAUGAACACACAACGGAGCUCCCAGGCGUAAUGGCGAUACCUAAUUUACGGAGUAGAGGUCAGCCUAGGUCGUCCAGCGUAGAUAUGAGGUCUACGGAGCAGGACGUGGGAGAAGAACCCGCAGAUGCUCCGCAAGUCUUGUUCAUGGACAACCAGGAUGUGGGCAACCGAACAGGCCAUCCGCCACCCAGUUACUAUCAGGUGGCAACGCCAAAGUCGCCACACGAGCUUUCGUUGGUGGACGAGAGCGAGGAGCGGCCAGAGUCUAUAGUGGGUAGCGUACACCACGAAAGCGAGGAGUCAGAACGCUUGAAAUAUGAAACGGCUAAACGCGAGAUUCUCGAUUUGCUGAAUCUGCAUAUAAUGCUCAGUAACAACGAGCAUAAUGAAAUCGACACAGAGCUAGGCCGCGUUGAAGCCCAGAUGAAGGUUCUCGAGCACAUGCACAAGGACAAAGAUCUAUUAGAAAAGGUUAAUCAGCACCAGGAGGAGCUUUACCAGCGUAGCAGGGACAAUUUUCUGAACAAAAAAGAGGCUGAAGCAUCUCAAAGCCCAACAAACAUAUCAUUUGGUUUCCUUUUCGGCGAGGCUCCAUCGUCCAACGCUAGUCAAGGCAACUACUUUUACCACACGCGCAGCAAGAGCUCGCAUAACAUUACCAAUGCAUACCAGUCGCGACUGCGACCCGCAAACAACGGUACCAUGGACAUGCGGUUAACCGGUGGGAAGCAGCCGAACAAAGGCGAUCAGCCGCCGGCAGCAGGUUCGUCGGGGAACGAAUUCGACUUGGCGCGUCCGCCGCUCCUUAACCAACACCAUAGGAGAAACUAUAGCAGCACCUGCCUCACCAGCAACAGCGGAGUUGUUGGAUCUAAUGAAAAGAAUGAGCCUAUCUUCAAACGGCCCGAUGGAAUUUUGGUUAUAAUUGCAUGCUCAUUUUGUGAGCGUAGUGGCUUCACGUCUGCGCAAGGGAUUGUCAAUCAUGUUCGGCUAAAACACGCGAAGACCUACUCCAGUCAACCGCUCGCGGUUCUGAAUAAUCAGCACGUCCUACCCAAGACCCUCCAGCCGCCAGAGGUUAUGCAACAGUUCAAAGAGCUUCAUCUUGACCCCUCCAACGAUUACCUUCCGAACAUUCUAAAUCCUCAGGCAGGGGCGAGCGCAAAUACCAAUUCAGACCGCAAAAACAGCACAAGAGAGUUGUCGCCUAAGUCUAAGUAUCUCGCUACGCAUUCCCCCUCGAAAGCGGCAAAGAAGUCUACUAAGCAUUUAAAAAAGCUAUACAACAGAGAUGACUUCAAGGACAUUGUCGACUAUGUAAGUGAGGCUCAGAGAGACCUGGACGCGAUCCUGAAACAGCAAUCCGAAAGUGAGGCCAAUUUCGAAUCUGAUGAUCCAGAUGCCAAAGAUCUACAAGGGCCGCGCUCCAGCUCCAGGAGUAGUACCAAGAGCUCUUUUGCCGCACGCUCUAGUCCAGAAAAUACCAACGAAAGGAAGAGAAGCUCUUCACCAGAGAUGGACGCAAAGAAGAGGCACAAGCCGGCAGAGAAAAAAGUGCGUCCUGAUGCCAUUGCAUUGAUGAACAUUCCUGAACGCGAUAAGCGGUCGUCACACUACAAUUUGCGUGCUAAGUCGAAGCUCAGGGGCCACAGUAGAUACGAAUAA